AGGGCUUGUUUGUUUGUUUGUUUGUUAUUUCCGAGGGUUUGUUGAAAGAAAAGGAAAUGAGGGGCAGAGUCGCGAUCACACACACUCACUUCCCAGCAAGCAAAACUGAAGCCGUUUUUUCGUUUCCCUAAUUGCUUCGCUUAAUCACAUUGCUUCGCUUAGCGUUACAAAUCCCCCAAAUUCAGUGUGCAAUCCGAAUAAUGCUCAUAGAGGAAUUGAAGGAAGGGGAGGAGAUCAACGGCGGGGAGGAUCAAAUUUGUGGUGACGGAGGCGUCGUUUCAGAUGCGAAACGGGCUCUGGUUUUAGCUGGUGCGCGCGCUCUCUUUUACCCUACACUGCUGUACAAUGUUGUGAGGAACAAGAUCCAAACUGAGUUUCACUGGUGGGAUCGGGUCGACGAGUUUAUAUUGCUAGGUGCUGUACCCUUUCCUACCGAUGUUCCUCUGUUAAAGGAGCUUGGCGUCUCUGGAGUGGUUACAUUAAAUGAACCAUACGAGACUUUGGUCCCAACAUUGCUCUAUCGUGCUCACUGCAUUGAUCAUUUGGUAAUUCCAACACGAGACUAUCUUUUUGCUCCAUCGUUUACUGAUAUAACCCAAGCUGUGGAUUUCAUACAAGGAAAUGUAUCUCUCGGGAAGACAACAUAUGUCCAUUGCAAGGCUGGUCGGGGGCGCAGCACAACUAUCGUUCUUUGUUACCUGGUGGAACACAGGCAUAUGACUCCUGAUGCGGCAUAUAAAUUUGUGAGAUCGAUCAGGCCAAGGGUACGUUUAGCCUCCGCCCAGUGGCAGGCUGUCCAAGAUUAUUAUCUUCUCAAGGUGAGGAAAAUGGGAAGCCCCAACCGCAUGAUAUUAAGAAAGAUUCGAUGUCAUCCAGCAAUACUGGAAACUGCAGCCUUUGAUGAUUCCUCUGUAGUGGUGGUAACAGAAUCAGACCUUGAUGGAUACGAUGCUAGCUGUGACUUAGAUGUAGUAGGUAGCAAGAUGAUGAAUGAACUGAACCUGGCUUGUAGGCUUCAGUUUGCUAGUCAGGCAGCUAUCUCCAGACUCUCUUGCCUCUGGCUAAGGUGUCAUGAAAGCCAGAAGCCAGGAAGCAAAAAGCUUUCGAAUUCCGGUGGGGCUGAGCAGUUGGACAGUCAUGGCGUUCACAUCCAAGUCUAUUGAGCGACUUAUGUGGGUAUGUUAAUUUAAGAUUUCCAUCCCAAGUGUCUUUAUCAAGAUUUUUCUUGAAGUAUACUUUCAUUACAACAUAGAGUUGAGAAUGAUAAUGAUAAAAACCCAAUGUCGGUUUGAAGUUGUGAGAUAGUUGAGUUGUACAGUCUACAGUCUCUGUAAGCAAGGAAUGUACGUUGUAGAUGGAGUAGAUUCGGGUUGUAAUGAGAGUUCCUUGGUUUGAAAGACAAUAAAUCGUUUGAAAGAAAUAAAUCUCUCAUGCUGUAAGUUGCAUCUUUCA